GCUAUUGCAGUGAGUGUACCGAAUGUGUCCUCUCCAUGCUCGCAUGAUCCGUCAAGUCCCAAGUCAAAAAACGGUCAAGGCGUACGUUACGCCUUAUUCAUUUGAUAUAUUUCCCGCUCUGGCCCGUUCCCUCGCUUGAAUUUCAAUUGUAUUCGUUGAGGAUAUAACCUCAAUUUUCUGUGUUGGAGGUUUGGCUUUCAAUAUGAACCCUAAUCGCAAACGCAAGAGAUCAGAUUCAACUCCAACGUUGGAUUUGGAGGAAAUCAUUGGCUUGACGACUAAGAAUUCCAAUGGAUUGACUUCAAAUAUUUCAACCGGUGACUGCAUCUACUUGGCCGGUUGUGUUGUUGUGAUUUACAAUGUUGAUUCACGCACUCAGUCUCACCUCAUGGUGUCAGCAAGAACGCCUAAAGCUUUGAGUUGUGUAGCUGUCUCACAGGAUGGACGUUACAUUGCAUCUGGAGAGUCAGGGCAUCAGCCAGCAGUGCUAAUAUGGGACUACUCAACCCAGGAUCUUAUUUCUGAACUAAAGGGCCAUCAAUAUGGUGUGGCAUGCAUUGCUUUCUCGCCCAAUGGAAAACAUUUGGUUUCUGCUGGAUUUCCCCGUGAUGGGAACCUGUGUCUUUGGGACUGGCGGAGUGGGGCACCGGUUGCUAAGCUUAAAGCGAGCUCAUCUUGUUCCACCAUUUCAUCUGUUUGCUUCUCAUCAGAUGCAAAAUGUUUUAUAACGGCUGGGAAAAAACACUUGAAGUUCUGGAAAGUUGGUUCUACAAGACGUCAGUCAAAUGCCAGGGCUAGCUUGCUGCCUAUGGAUGCAAAGCUAGCUAUUCUUGGUUGUCAGAGAGGAAGCUCCUUUGUAUCUGUUACAUCCCCAUCCUGGACUGCUAAUAAUCUCGUUGGUAGUGACUGGGCUGGCAAAUUCUGUCCAAUCUAUGCAUUGACCGAUGCAGGUGUUUUAUGCCUUAUACAUUCUGGGUUUUCAAUAAAGAAGUGGGUAGAUUUAAAGGUUCCGAAAAGCUUUGCACUUGCUGUAUCAAACAAGCUUAUUGCUUGUGCUUGCAGUAAUGGGGUUGUCCAACUACUGACAGUUGAUACUCUCAAACAUGCUGGAAGUCUGCAAUAUGCUGAUGAUAAAGCAUGUCAUGAGGCAAUAGAUAUGGGCCAUCAUACAAAAUACUCUGUGAAAGGUUUCCAACAUGCUUCGAAUCUCCCUGAUGCAAUAGCUUGUCAAUUCUCAGCCUCCAAGAAGCUUGUGGUGAUUUUUGGGGAUCGCAGUCUCUAUGCAUGGGAAAUACAUGAUGGAUACAAGGUUUGUCUGUGUUCUGUGCUUUUUUCACACAGUGCUUGCAUAUGGGAUGUUCAGAAUCUCCCUUGUGAAAACAGGCAUGAUUCUCUUUUUGCAUGUGCAACUAGAGGUUGUUCUGGCAGAGUUUCUUUUGCAACAUGCUCUGCUGAUGGCACCAUUAGAUUUUGGCAUUUCACCUCGCAAUCUAAUUCAGUUAAGAAAGAUGGGGAUCUUUCACUUGACCAACAAAUUGGUGGUAAUUCAUUGAAAGCUGGGUCUGUUCAUGCUAUUCGUUUGGAGAGUGGUGGAAUAUUUGAAUGUGAUGUUGUGAUAGGCACUCGAGGCUUUCGAUCCAUGGCAGUUAGUUCUGAUGGAAAGUACUUGGUGGCUGGUGAUUUCAUGGGGAACCUCCAUAUUUAUAAUUUACUUGAUUCAGAUUAUACAUGUUUUAAGGAGGCUCACAAUGGAGAGAUCCUCUCGUUGAGCUUUAGCUUGUCAGGAAAUAAUACAUUCUUUUCUGAACAAGAAGCUUCAGAAAACCUGUACUUGCUUGCUUCAGGAGGAAGAGAUCGAGUCAUCCAUCUUUAUGAUGUCAAUAGGGGGUUUGAUCUCAUUGAAAGACUAGAUGAUCAUUCUGCUGCUGUGACUUCUGUGAAAUUUACUUUUGAUGGUCGCAAGAUUCUCAGCUGCAGUGCUGACAGGUCUAUUGUGUUCCAUGAUGUGUCCGUAGUAAAUACUGGUUGUAAGAUUUCACGACGUCGUCAUCAAAUUGCAUCCCAAGGCACAAUCUAUGACAUGGCUAUAGAUCCUGCAUUGGAGGUUGCAGUUACUGUUGGCCAGGAUAAGAAGAUCAACACUUUCAACAUCACUGCUGGAAAACAUGUUAGAACAUUUAAGCAAAGUGAGGACUUUGGAGAACCAACAAAGGUAAACAUAGACCCAAGCAGCAGCUACGUGGUUUGCUCAUUUUCCAACAGGUCUAUUUGUAUAUAUGACUUUAUAAGUGGAGAAUUAGUUGCAAAAGCUGUGGCGCAUGGUGAAGUCAUAACGGGUGUCAUUUUCUUGCCCGACUGCAAGCACAUUAUUUCUGUAGAUGGUGAUGGUUGCAUUUUCUUAUGGAAAAUGCCAGCUCUAUUAUCAUCAAAAAUUUUCCACAGAAUGAAGGAACUUGCAGAUGCCAAUUCUAAAAUAAGCAUGGACAACCCUUUAGCUUCAAAUGAAGGCAUAUUAUAUGAUUCCAAACGUACGUGCAUGCUGGAAAAAUCUGUUCAUGCUGUUCAGAAAACGAUUAUUCAAGAAGGGAGUACUGAAAAAGUUUCGGCCUUCAAAUUUAGCAUCUCAAGGCUUCCAAAGUGGGCCCAAGCCAAGCUAAUUACCAAACAGACUGUCCCUGCAGAUCCUCAGCCUACACCAACUCAGUGUCGGCAAGUAGAUACUGGAUCUUUGUCUUUGAUAGUGGAUAAUGGUGGGGCAUCUGUUUCAACGUGUCCUAAGGUUCAAAGACCAUGUAAACAAGAUUUGGGAGGCACUGACUCCUGCUUUACUGACGUUUCUAAAACUUCAUUAGCCACCAACACCAGCCAAAGUUCUCCAAUUUCCAAUGAAAUCCCAAGCAGCUUCACCAUGGGCAAUCGCUGGCUCACCAUUCAUACUGUUUGUUUUGAUCCCCUGGAUUCCCCAGAAGAGAGGGUUUUGAAGGAUGAAAUGCUGCCUGCUCCUGUGCCAAAAUCAUUGCAAGACCCAGCUGUGCAGAUAGUGCAAAACAGUGACAGCAUGGAAAUUGCAUUGGGUGCUCCAGCUGUGAGGAGGGACCUCCUUGAGGAGCCUCCUUACGAGACUAGUAACUGGCUUGUGAAUGACAGCCAGGUUCUCUCUCUAAGUGAAUCAAUCUCAGGGGCUGUUAACAAUUUGUGCAAGGAAGAAGGCCAACUCAGUAUCCAUAAAACAGAGGCUCACUCUGAAGCAGUUUCCAGGGAUAAAUAUUUGCAUUCAUGUACAGAUGAAAUCAUGGCUAAUACCACCGUUAAAGAGAAAAUUGACUCCAUGUACAGAGGCAAUGAUCUUUUGAAUCAUCACUUUGGCAAUUUAUCAACAGCUGUAAAGGAUGCAAAGAAUGCAACGAGAAGCUUGGAGAACCCUGCUUCCGUUAAUCAGAGAAGUGAUCCAACUUUUUCUGUGAAAGAUAAUUUGAUGAAUAUGGAGGGAGCCAGAGAGAAAUACCAGAUGGAAGGUAUUCCACAAAUAACUGGGGUACAGGAAAUAAUGACUGGAUGCAACAAAGCAUUGCUUAGUCUAGAUGAUGCAGCAGAAUGUGCACUCCAGUUAUUUUCCAAGUUGGAAAUUCUGCUUUCCGGCCAAGAUGCAAUUGCGGGGGCCAAAACUAAAUUUUACACAGAGGUGGCCAAGCUUCUUCCGUCAAUCAAAGAGAAAGUUAAUGCACUGGCUGAUCUAGUGCAGUCUGGCAGGAAUAAUUCCUGUUCUAGUAAUGGUGUGGAGGCUUCCAGUUGUGAACCUAUAUUAGGAAAAUUUUCAUAGUCUUUCUCAUCAGGUUCUUGAGUUGGUCAAGAGAAAUAUAUAAUACUCAUUGGUUUGUAUAUGGAUCUACCAACAGUUGUAUAUUGAAGAUGUUCUUGCCUUCAUCAAUAAAUUGAUUACCGAAUGCGUCCAAUGGGACAUUUUGGUUUUUGUUCUCA